CACUUAUUUUAAUCAGGAGCCUGUCGCUAUGACAACGAGCAGGAAGGCGGGGGUUCGCCUGCUCUACUAGAGUAUCUCCAGCACCUCUUGGCGUCACGCUCACCAACAUCACCCGGUACAGAUAUCUCACAUUGAAAGAAAGGAGAGGGGGAAUGGCAGAAAAGGACAACAAGAAAGACAAUGAGGAAUAUGUCGGGGCAAUAAAAGGUGGGCUGCGGCCCACCAUGAGACUGAUCGUCAUGGGUAUUGUUAACAAGAAACCUCAAAGCAUUGUGGUGUCCUUGUCCAGUGAUCCAGUGGAAGAGCACUUUGAGGGCGACGUGGGUUUGCAGGUAAACGUCAACUUCCUGGCUAAGGCUGUGCAGAGGAACGCCCGUCUAGCUGGGAACUGGGGGACAUCAGAGAACACCCUGUCAUACUUCCCCUUUGCUGCUGGGGAGCCCUUCAAGAUGGAGAUAGUUUGUGAACACCAACAGUUCCGUAUCCUGGUGGAUGGCCAGCCUCUGUGUGGCUUCACCCAUCGUCUGUCUCCGCUGGCCUCUCUCACCGCCCUGCGAGUCUUUGGAGACCUACGGCUCACUAAGGUAGCAUAACACCAGGAACAGACCCAGGGGAGGGGGGGGGGUCGGCGUCCCAAAUUACACCCUAGACUCUAUAUAGUCCACUACUUUUGACCAGGGCUCUGGUCAAAAGUAAUGCACUAUAUUGGGAAUAGUGUGCCAUUUGAGACGGCCAUUUCCCCCCACAGUUUAGUCAGACAAGGUAUUGUAAAGAUAGGCAGGCCAGAGUAUUAGCGUAGUAGAGGGUGGAACAUUUUGGUGAUAUCUUGAUCCUUGUGAAAUGUGAAUGUUUGGCACUUUUGAUUGCAACAAAUAACACCUGCUUCUUAAUUGCGUGAAGUGCCUUCACUAGGACUUGCUGUUUAAUAUUGUUGUGACUGGGUGAGUUUUGACUACAGUUACUGAAUGUAAUUCAUGUAAUGAUUGAUUGAUUGAUUUCCUUAGGCAAACCUAAAAGACAUUUGAUAGACAAUAGACUAUAUACUAAACUUGCCCUUGGGAACACAAUAUUUUAGAUUAGAUAUGAAAUAUCAAAUGCUGCAUUUUGACUCCGUCUGUCAGAUGGACGAGCUACAACGUGAGAUGGAACGUGCAUCAAAAAAAAAUGUACUCUUCCUGAAAAACAUUCCUAUAGUUCAUGACGUUGCAGGUUUCCAGAGAAGCAAUUACAAAAACAAAAGCAAUGUCUUUAAUACGCGCCCAUAUACAGCAGGGUGCCCAAUCUCAUUGCUUCUGUAACACCUAUAAAAUAAUACUACAUUACUGCAUGUCAUUGCCUUUGUCUGUGUUAGCUGUUAGGUCUACUGUAGCCCUCGACAUCACAGUACUGUAAUCCUUUCAAACAAUCUGUCAAAUAAUUUUUAAACCAUAUUUAGUUGUUUGAAAUAGAUUGUUGUAGAAAUUACUUAAAUAAAAACACUUUUCCCAAA